GUCGCAUCUCGCUCUCUCGAUAUCUCCAUUUUAUCUCUCACGCGUUCUUCAAAACCGGAGAACAAAAAAUCUGACUUUAUUCUUCUGCUCCACAAAUCGCAAGCUAUUAUCGAAGUUUUCUCUGUAAUUUUGACUCUGCUUCAGGAGCAGAGUCUGGGGUCCUACGACGUCUUAUAUGGUUAAAUGGAUUUGCUGCAUGGUAAACUGGUGGUUUUACCAUUCAAAGCGGGGCAUUUCAUGGUUUCAUGCCAGAGAAGAUCAGAGUUAUUGAAACCCAACUUGUACCAAGGUCUCAGUUUAUGUGAUUCCUUAAAGCACAGCUGCAGUCAAAUUGAACUUCCAGUGAAGUCUGAGACUCCAUCAUGGAGGAUUCGUCAAUCUCAUGCAUUGGUCAUCAGCAGCAAUUAUCCUCAAAAUGCCGAUUUCCCUCGGCAUUAUUCAAAGAAGGAGAAGAAACCAUUUCCAAUACCUAUAGUGGAACUAAGACGAGCUGCUAGGGCCAAGCUUAAGAAACAGAAAGGCCAACGUAGGAAUCUCCCACCCUCAAACAGUGGGUUGGUUAUUAAAAGAUUGAUACCAGUUGCAUAUGAUGUCUUUAAUGCAAGGAUUACAUUAAUCAACAAUAUUAAGAAACUCUUGAAAGUGGUGCGCGUGCAUGCUUGUGGGUGGUGUAAUGAAAUCCAUGUGGGACCUAUUGGACAUCCAUUCAAGUCAUGCAGAGGCAAAGAUGCCAACUUCCGCAAGGGGCGUCAUGAGUGGACGAAUGCAACUGUGGAGGACGUAUUGUUGCCUGUUGACGCAUUCCACCUUUAUGACCGUCUUGGCAAGCGUAUUCCUCACCAGGAGAGAUUUUCGAUCCCUCGAAUUCCUGCUGUGAUGGAACUUUGCAUCCAAGCUGGUGUUGACAUACCUGAAUUUCCCACAAAAAGGAGAAGAAAGCCUAUAAUUCGCAUCUCCAAAAGUGAAUUCAUUGAUGCGGACGAAAGUGAGCUGCCAGACCCAGUUCCAGAACUUCCGCCAAAGCCUAUAUUAAGUGAGAUACCUGAUUCAGAAAUAGUGGUACCAUCUAGUGAAGAAGAAAUAUCCAUGCUUGCUGAGGAAACACUCGAAGCAUGGGAUCAGAUGAGGGACGGAGCCAGGAGACUAAUGAGAAUGUACCCAGUUAGGGUUUGUGGGUAUUGCCCGGAGGUUCAUGUUGGAAAAUCCGGACAUAAGGCACAAAACUGUGGAGCUCACAAGCACCAGCAGCGAAAUGGGCAGCACGGGUGGCAGGCAGCAGUGCUUAAUGACCUGAUACCACCGCGAUUUGUAUGGCAUGUGCCCGAUGUGAAUGGGCCGCCUUUGGAACAGGAAUUAAGAAACUUCUACGGGCAAGCUCCUGUUGUCGUGGAAAUUUGUGUGCAGGCUGGUGCAGCUGCACCUGAUCAUUAUAAACCAACUAUGAGGCUGGAUAUUGGGAUACCUUCUAGUUUAAAAGAAGCUGAAAUGGUUGUUUGAGGUAUUCUUUGUCCUCCUUUUAAACAGCUUCUGAUGUGUAUUUAAAAUUUUAGGAACAAAGAGAGAAUGAAAUCUUGCAUUAAGUCAUAGGUGCUUGGGCAAACCUCACUCCUUUUCAUGUUUUAUAUCUCCAGUUAUCGGUUUCCAGUUGGG